CUUGGGGACCCAACUGCAUGAAACGACGACAGUGACCUACUCUGAGGGUGCAGAAUGAGUUUUUUGUUGAGAGGGUCUAAAUGAAGAUUUUAAGUUGAUAUUGAUAAAUUUUUAGAGAUGGGUUUUGUGAGUUCUUUAUUGGGUUUCUUCGGAUUUGGAUUUGGGUUAACUGCUGGACUUGUUAUUGGGUAUUAUCUCUUCAUCUACUUCCAACCCUCUGAUGUUAAGGAUCCUACCAUACGGCCUCUUAUUGAAUGUGAUUCAAGCUCUCUGGAGAACAUGCUUCCUGAAAUUCCUUUAUGGGUGAAAAAUCCAGACUAUGAUCGAAUCGAUUGGCUAAACAGGUUUUUGGAAAGCAUGUGGCCUUAUUUGGAUAAGGCAAUCUGCAAAACAGCAAAGGAAAUUGCAAAGCCAAUUAUUGCUGAGAAUCUCGUGAAGUUUAAAAUCAACUCUGUUGAAUUCGAAACAUUUACCUUAGGCUCGCUGCCUCCAACAUUUCAAGGAAUGAAAGUCUACAUGACAGAAGAAAAGGAGUUAAUUAUGGAACCAUCUCUCAAGUGGGCUGGCAAUCCGAAUGUCACCGCUGUGGUAAAAGCCUUUGGAUUAAAAGCAACUGUGCAGGUGGUAGAUUUGCAGAUCUUUGCUGCACCACGCAUUACUUUAAAACCUUUGGUUCCUAGCUUUCCUUGUUUUGCGAAAAUUCUGGUCUCCCUCAUGGAAAAGCCACAUGUGGACUUUGGGUUAAAACUUCUAGGUGCAGAUCUCAUGUCUAUUCCUGGGUUGUACAGAUUUGUGCAGGAGACAAUUAAAAUGCAGGUUGCAAACAUGUAUCUUUGGCCUAAGACACUGGAAGUUGCCAUAAUGGAUCCAUCAAAGGCCAAGAAGCCUGUUGGAAUUUUACAUGUGAAGGUUAUUACUGCACAUAAACUGAAGAAGAAGGAUCUGAUGGGUAAAUCUGACCCUUAUGUUAAACUUAAGCUUACUGAAGACAAGCUUCCAUCAAAGAAAACUACAGUGAAGCGCAGUAACCUUAAUCCUGAGUGGAAUGAGGAUUUCAAGUUUGUCGUCAAGGAUCCGGAAUCUCAAGCUCUUGAACUCAAUGUUUUUGAUUGGGAACAGGUUGGGAAACAUGAUAAAAUGGGCAUGAAUGUUGUUCCACUCAGAGAUCUUACUCCUGAUGAGCCAAGAACCAUGACCCUUAACUUGCUUAAGAAUAUGGAUCCUAACGAUGCUCAAAAUGAAAAAUCACGAGGACAGGUUGUUAUAGAAUUGAUAUAUAAACCUUUCAAGGAAGACGAAGUUUCAUCAGAUAUCAGCGACGAUGCUAAAUCAGAUAUGCUAGAAAAGGCUCCUGAAGGUACUCCGUCAGGUGGUGGUUUGCUUGUUGUUACUGUUCAUGAAGCUCAAGAUCUGGAGGGUAAACACCACACAAAUCCUUAUGUACAAAUACUUUUCAGAGGAGAGCAGAGAAAAACUAAGCACAUAAAGAAAAAUAGGGAUCCACGCUGGGAAGAAGAGUUUCAGUUUGUGUGCGAGGAACCUCCUGUUAAUGAUAAAAUGCACGUAGAGGUUCUUAGUAAGCCACCAAGCAUCCAUAUACAUUCCAAGAUUAGCUAUGUCGACGAUUUGGACCGGCUGGAGCGCGAAUUCUGA